UCGCCACUUGGUAGAAACCGGAGAUACGAUAAAAGGACAAAGGCAAAAUUCCCAACUAUUUUCUUUUGGCACUCAGCCUCUUCGAUCUCCUCUUCUUCAAAAUUAAACCAGAGAAAUACAUACAAUGUGCUCAAACUACAGUCAGAGACAUCAUUGAAACUAAACCCUAUUCUUCCUCACCUGCUUCUCCUUCUUCUCCGACAGGCGCCGAACUAACUCCCAGUCAGCUUAUUGGCUUCAAAAAUCAGUUUUUUUUCCUCUUCAAAAGAAGCGGAAGUUUUAACUGCAAAAUCCUACAACACUUUCAGGUUUCUGAAAUGAGUGAAAAACAGAGUGAGUUGUAUUGGUUGAUUGAUUGAUUUACUGAUAGUAUACGAAUGAGUGCUGCUGUGCUUCCUAAACAUGUGGCUGCUGUAUUAAAAUGUCAAAAGAACCCAUUAAGGGCACUAGAAAUAUUCAAUUCUGUGAAAAAGGAAGAUGGGUUUAACCAUAAUUUGUCUACCUAUAAAUGUAUGGUCGAAAAGCUUGGUUGUUAUGGGGAGUUCAAGGAAAUGGAAGGCGUCAUUGAAGAAGCGAGGCAGAAAAUUGAUAAUAUGUUGUUAGAAGGGGUGUACAUUACUGCUAUUAGAAGUUAUGGGAAGAAAGGGAAAGUUCAAGAGGCGGUUGACGUGUUUGAGAAGAUGGAUUUUUUCAAUUGUCAGCCGUCUGUUCAUUCGUAUAACACGAUCAUGAAUGUAUUGGUUGAACAUGGGUUUUUUAAACAAGCUCAUAAGGUUUAUAUGAGAAUGCUGGAAAAGGGGAUUUCUCCUGAUGUAUAUACCUUUACUAUUAGGAUAAAGUCGUUUUGUAGAACGAACCGGCCUCAUGUUGCUUUGAGGCUUUUGAAUAACAUGCCUGAUCAAGGAUGCGAAUUUAAUGCAGUUGCGUACUGUACAGUAAUUGGUGGAUUUUAUGAAGUGAAUUGUCGAGUUGAGGCUUGUGAAUUGUUCGAUGAAAUGCUUAGGCUCGGAAUAACUCCUGAUGUUACUACGUUUAAUAAGCUUAUCUGUACACUUUGUAAGAAGGGGGACGUCCAAGAAAGUGAAAGGCUUCUUAAUAAGAUUAUGAAAAGAGGAGUGUUUCCAAAUCUUUUUACAUGUAAUGUCUUGAUACAAGGUCUUUCUGAGAGAGGCCAACUAAAUGAAGCUGCUAGGAUGUUAGGGACUUUGAACAAAGAAGGUUUAAAUGCUGAUGUAGUCACUUAUAACACUCUUAUAUGUGGUUUAUGCAAGCACUCCAAGGUUGCUGAAGCUGAGUCUUAUUUGCAUAAAAUGGUGAACGGCGGGUUUGAGCCCGAUGCAUUCACCUAUAACACGAUCAUUGGCGCAUAUUGCAAAUUGGGUAUGAUACAGAAAGCGGACAGAAUUCUUAAUUAUGCAGUUUUUAAAGGUUUUGUUCCUGAUGAGUUUACUUUGUGCUCCCUUAUUUAUGGAUUAUGCCAGGAUGGUGACUUUAACAGAGCCAAGAGUUUAUUUAAUGAAGCCACAGGUAAAGGUAUGCAGUGUAAUGUAAUCCUCUAUAAUACCUUAAUUAAGGGAAUGUGUCGGCAGGGACUUAUCUUAGAAGCAUUGAAGUUGAUGACUGAAAUGCCUGAGAAAGGUUGCAGGCCUGAUACAUGGACUUAUAAUCUGAUCAUAAAUGGUUUGUGCAAGAUGGGCUGUGUAUCUGAUGCUAGUAAUAUCCUGAAUGUUGCCGUGGCCAAAGGGACCCUUCCUGAUAUUUUCACCUUCAACACCUUGAUUGAUGGUUAUUGCAAACAGUCGAAAUUGGCUGAUGCAAUCGAGAUUCUAAAUACCAUGUGGGAUCAUGACGUUGUUCCAGAUGUGAUAACGUAUAACACAAUGUUGGAUGGACUUUGCAAGCUUAAAACUUCUGAUGAUGUGAUGGAAACCUUCAAAGUCAUGGUGGAAAAGGGGUGUGUCCCAAACAUAAUCACAUAUAAUAUUCUCAUUGAGAGCCUUUGUAAAUCAAGAAAGUUUAUGAAAGCUUUAGACUUACUUGAGGAUAUUCAAAGCAAGGGUCUAAUUCCUGAUACAGUGACUUUUGGCACUUUGAUAAAUGGGUUUUGUGAGAAUGAGGAUUUGGAAGGAGCCUAUGAGCUAUUCAGAAGAAUGAAAACACAAUAUAAUUGCACUCAUACUACUGCAACGUACAAUAUUUUGAUUAGUGCAUUUGCUAAAAAGCUGAAAAUGGACAUAGCAGAGAAGCUAUUUCUUGAGAUGAGUGAAUGUGGCUGUUCUCCUGACAAUUACACCUACCGUUGUAUGAUAGAUGGUUUCUGCAAGGUAGACAACAGCGAAUUGGGGUACAAGUUUUUGCUUGACAACAUGGCGAAAGAGUUUCUUCCAUCAAAAGAAACAGCGGGACGAGUGAUCAAUUGCCUAUGCGUGAAGAACAGGUUGCUCGAAGCAGUUGGUAUCAUUCAUCUCAUGGUGCAGAAGGGUGUUGUACCUGAUGUGGUCCACACAAUUUUUGAAGCAGAUAAAAAGGAUGUGGCAGCUCCCAAGAUCGUUGUGGAAGACUUGCUGAAGAAGGAUCAUAUAACCUAUUAUGCCUAUGAACUCUUAUACGAUGGGAUAAGAGACAAAAAGCUUUUGAAGAAAUUAUCCACGAAGGUAAAUGAACUUCUUGGAUUGAGACUACUUGCAAUGACAAGAGAGCUUGCCCACAGCUCAGAAGUCUAGAACUAUUUGUUCUGAGUAUUUUUGCUUCUUUCUUCUGUACACAGAGAAAACAUUCUACCACUAGUCACUUGAGGAUUGAUGGCAAUCAAACUAAGGUAAUAUGGAGCCACGAUUUGUGAGAAGUAGCAAACAAUGAUUGAAGCUUUGCUGUUUCAAAGUCAUCUUACAAGAGCGAUAUAGCUGUAGUCUGAUGAAGAGGACAGUGGUGCAAAAACAUGAUGGCAAAAACCUGUGACAGUAGCUGAAAACAUCGGGACCUUGAAGAGAGGCUGGGUUUAGUCUCAAUGCUUCUUGGCAAACUCAAUCAUGUUGAUUCAGUGCUUGAUUAUCUAAUGAUGUUUCCCAAGUCUCUCCAAGGGACGUCUCCUGGUUACACGUCUCAGCACUCUUAGAUCAGGAUUCACUUCCCGAAAUGUUAUGGAUGUCCCUCCCCCCACCCUGGGGCUUGUAAGGAAUAUGUCAUACAUAUGUUGAGGAAGUGAUCAGAGUAAAAAACACUUUUCGUCUGACUACAAAGAAAGCUGAUGACAAUUGCUUGUGUUAUCUGAUGUGGCUCAUGAUUUUCCCCCGUUGAUGUGAGGACUUUGACAGAGGUCUUAGCGAGGAGUACAAGGAUGCUUCUAUAGAUAUUGUAUGGCUAAGGACCUAAGCACAAAGGUGCAUAAAAAAGGUUGAAAAACCUACCUGAUCCCUAUACUGAUUACCAAUUUUCAUUUUACUAUAGAAUAUUUUCUUGGCCAUCCCACGUGUUGUGCUGUUGGUAUGUUUUUACCCAGAUUGAGAGAACUUUUCUCUUUUAGGUAUCCAAUUAUGUAAGCAAUGGGCAUCUCAUUUUUGUCGUC